AAUGGUUCACUCCACCCGCAGUUUUAUAAGCUCCUGAAAAUCUCUUUACGCGUCACGGUGUUAUCUCUGAGUCACAGCAAAGAUGAGCUACGGAGACCGCUACACGUCGUCCUCCUAUCGGAAGAUUUUCGGAGAUUCUCCGAGAUUCCCCGUCUCUUCCUCUCGCAUGAGCGGCGAGUCUCCGCGGGGCCCUGCGAGCCUCAGAUCCAUGGCAGCGUCGCGCAACAGCGCGUCCUCUGUAACCCUGUACAGACGGGGGGGACGGACCUCCACCUCUUUCUCUACGGUGCCCACCGCCUCCCUGGACUUGUCCCAGACCUCCGUGGUCAGCAAUGAGUUCAAAGUGAUCAGAACCAACGAGAAGGAGCAGCUGCAGGGUCUCAAUGACCGCUUUGCCAUGUUCAUCGAUAAAGUCAGACACCUGGAGCAGCAGAAUAAAGUGUUGGAGACGGAGCUGGUGACCCUGCGGCAGAAGCAGAGCGAGCGGCCCCGCAUCGCUCAUCUCUACCAGCAGGAGAUGAGGGACCUGCGCUCGCAGUUGGAGGAGCUGAACAGGGAAAAGAACCGAGUGCUGAUUGAGAGGAACAACAUGGAGGACGAGCUGCAGAAGCUAAGUGCAAAGUAUGAUGAGGAGGUGAGAGCGAGGGAAGAAGCUGAACAGACCCUGAGGUCCUUCAGAAAAGACGUGGAUGAUGCCGCCGCCGUCCGCCUGGACCUGGAGCGCAGGGUGGAGUCCCUGAUGGACGAAAUCUCCUUCCUCAAGAAAGUCCAUGAAGAAGAAAUUGAGGAGCUGAGCAGCAUGAUGGAGGCGCAGCAGGUCUCUGUGGAGGUUGAGCUUGCCAAGCCGGACCUCACCUCAGCGCUGAAGGAGAUCCGCAACCAGUACGAGUCCAUUGCCUCCAAGAACUUGCAGUCGGCUGAGGAGUGGUACAAGAGCAAGUUUGCGAGCCUCAGCGAGCAGGCCACGAGGAGCAACGAGGCCAUGAGGGCCAGCAGGGAGGAGAUCAGUGAGUUCAGGAGGCAGCUUCAGUCCAAGACCAUUGAGACAGAGACCCUAAGGGGUGCCAAUGAGUCUCUGGAGAGGCAGAUCUCAGAGAUGGAGGAUACACACAACGCUGAAGUCACAGCAAUGCAGGACACCAUUAGCCAAAUGGAUACUGAGUUGAGGAACCUGAAGAGUGAGAUGGCUCAUCAUCUGAGAGAGUAUCAAGACCUGCUCAAUGUCAAGAUGGCCCUGGACAUCGAGAUCGCUGCUUAUAGGAAACUGCUGGAAGGGGAGGAGACUCACUUUAACUCAGGGAUGUCCUUCAACUACAGCUACCAACCUCGAGCCUCAUCCAGCUCCUCCAGGAGGGAGAAAGAAGGAGGCGCGAAGGAAAGCUUCAAAGAUGUCAGCGAGGAUAAAGACGAGGCGGACAUCAACUCCAACAACUGAAGAUAUACAGGGAAAUCUGACAUCAUAGUUGUUAAGUCCGGAACAGAUGUUUUGGAAGUAGUCUUGAAAGUCAGUGUUUUGAGUCAUAGUCAGCAGUGUGUAUUUGACAUUUUUGUUGUAGUCUUAAAUAUUUAAUCUCCAUUAUUAACCAAAGGGAGCUAACAUGACCCUCCAGGUUGCUCUACACAUCUCUUGUACCGCAGUAAACAUUACCCUGAGUAUUAAAUGUUAAUGGGGAAUCUUUCACUUUGCUGCUGCAGUUUCAUGCACUGAAACCUGUAUGAAAUGAGAAGAAAAUAGACAUUGCUUAGACUUGAAGACAUGGCUUUUAUUUACCCACAAAUUAAGUUUGUCAGUUCCACUUGGAUAUCACUAAAAUGAUAAGCAAAUAAAAUUACAUGACUGGAACUGUGGUUUCUUAUGAUGACUCGAGGUGGCAGAUAGAUGUUAUACUUUAAUGAAUGGAACAAUAAAUCUAGGUUCUCCGACUUCUU